AUGGAUCCGUCAAUUAUAUCCAUGGGGCCCAGCUCCAAGGGCAGUCUGAAAAUCGACGAUCUUUUUGCCGCAAAAAAAAACGAAUCCGUCGCAAUCCCCACUCAGCGCUAUUCUCCGCUGUUUAUGAUCAAUCUGAGAGAAAGUCCCCAGGUGCCCGACUACCAGAAUGAGGAGUGGGCUAUGGAGCUUCAAUCAUCGGUCAUAUCCAACCGGUCUGAACGCAACAAGGAUGGCCGCAACGGCCACGAGACCUUCACAGCUACGUCGUCAAAGUACACGUGGAAGUCGGGAAUGGGCUCAGGUAACAAGCGAGAUAGAGGCGAGUUUGGCGCGGGACGACGGCAGCGAGGCGACUUCAAUCGAGAUCUGCGUGAUUCCACGCUGGACGAAAGCAACCCCGAGUGGAUGAGCGAACCGCUGGAGGACCACAAGAGCGGAAUGAGUAUGCCUGGCUCGGUGGCCGAGUUUGAGCAAUGGAAGGCAAAAAUGCGACGAGAAGAGAACCGAAAGAAGGGUAUCCAAGAAGAGGAGCCCACCGCCACAGAAGACGUGCCGGCAACAGCGUCAGGAGGUAACUCUCGCUUCUUCAACCAACCCUCGUCCAACUCGGUCGAUCGAAUGUUUGACAUGUGGAGCGAGCCCAAAAAGGAAGAGGCUCUGGCUUCAGGAGAUGGAGGACGAGGCGGCGGAGGAGGUUCCGGAGCUUCCAAGUUCUCUACCUUUUUCAGAGGACCCGAACCCCAACAGCACGUGUCCACUCCUCCGCCCAUGCCUCCACAGCAGCAGCAGCCCCAGGCGCCACCUGCACCUAACGCUACGUCGUCGUUUUUCCCUCCUGGCAUGGUCCACCAGCCCGACGAACCUGAAAACAAAAACAGCAACGACUCGUUCUUCAUGAGUCUGCUCAACAAGAAGGAGGGCCAUGGCGGCGAGGAAGACACCAGCGAGACACAAUCAACACCACAGUCACAGGCACAAUCCAAGGUCGCCAGUCCUCAGGUGCAGCAUGGAAACCCACAUCCCUCUGGCCCAAGAGGGGGCGUCCAAGGAGGUCCUCCUACCUCGCAAUCGGGGGGUGGACUUGGCCACCCACAGGGCCAUCCCCAAGGUCACCCUCAACCACAAGGCCACCCACGCCAUCCCCAAGGCCACCCUCAGGGAACGCCUCAGGCACCUCCUCAGGGACACCCACAAGGGCCUCCUCCUCCUCAAGGACCCCAUGGCCGUGGUCCUCUUCCACCUGGUCUCAACAUGAAUGGACCCAACGGACCCAAUGGACCCAAUGGACCCAAUGGACCCAACUCCCCUGGCCCCAACUCUCCAGGCCCCAACUCCCCCGGCCCCAACGGUAUGCCUGAUUGGGCUCGAAUGCAGCAGAUGCCUCCUGGCUUUCCCCCUGGAGCAAGACCUCCUCCCGGUCACUUUAUGCCUCCCCCCGGCCAUCCUGCCCACCGGGGGCCUCCUCCGGGUUUCCCUCCCAUGUAUAUGAUGCCUCCACACAUGCAGAAUAUGCACAUGCCCCCCAACUUUGGUCCCGGUGGCCCGCAAUCUCCUGGCGGACCUCCUCCUAAUGGCUCUAUGGGUCCUGGAGGACCUGGCGGGCCUCCUGGGGGUCCCGGUGGCCCAGGCGGUCCCCCACCCCACAUGCACGGACCUCCUCCUGGAUUCCCUCCUUUUAUGCGAGGUCCUAACGGCGAGAUGAUUCCCACAGAUCCAAGCAUGUUCCAACAGCGACGACAGGGACAGUAA